UUCCACAGAGAAACCUGAACGCAGCAUCCAGAGCAGCGACGUGAGGGUUGAGAAGGACGAUGAAAACAAAGAUGGACAUCGAAUCAAAAUAGCGUAGUAAGACUGAACAUUCAUUGUCCCGUGGAAAAGCAUUGGCGUAGCUAAAAUGUAUUAAGCAUGUAACGACUGAAGCUGUGCAUUCGUUCAAAAAUACUGUCGUCUCAAACAACGACUGCUAGUUCGGUAACCGAGCUAAGUUAGCCUCCGUAGCCUAGAAACGUAUGCUAGCGUUAUUAGCGGUGUGUAACAUUAGCUAUCUGACGGUGUCCACUGAGACUAUCAUAGUAGUAACGUUAACUAUUAGCUGACAUUAGCGUGUUCAGAAAAGAACAAAGAACGCGUCUUGUUAACCGACUCUACCGCUUGCAGUCGUUAGUUCCCCUUUACUCUGUGCCAGAUCUCUCGGUCAGCGGUUGUUGUUGCUCCAUGACUGAAAUCAAACAGCAGACAUUAUGUUGUAGCACUGGACAGAGGGGCGGUCAUGUUGUCAUACAUGAUAAAUGAUAAGCAAACAACAAUGCAAUAAUGUAUCUGCGCCGUAGAUCCAGUGAACAUUGGGUUGUAACCGUCGAACAUAUUGUAUCGUUUGGCCAUGGUUGUAUUUUCUCUACCCUCCUCAGAUUGUCGCUGUUAUUAAUUUAAGCAAGUUCAAAAGUUAUCGUCUUGACCUAAAUGAUUUAAUUACAUCUUAACCACUAAGACUGAAGUUGCAUGUUUUGCCCUAGUUUAUGUAUGUGGCCUUUAUGCAAUUCAAUUUUGAUCUGAACUGUGAAUUCCAGGUACCUUCAUCGUUAUAAUUAAGUAAUUUCAAUUAUAGAUAGCCUAUAUUUAAUUUCUUAAUUGGUGUUACGAGUUACCAAAAACAAAGAUCUUACUACCAAAGCCCACACAUUACUACAACAUGCAAUUUCCGAUAUCUAUCAAGAAAGUUUCUCAAAAUUAAUACAAAUAUAUUCUUGCAGUAUCCCUGUCCUGCAUCCAGUAAUGUGUAUGCGUCACAAAGCAGUGACUUAAUCAAUGAUGACAACCGUUUUGGAUCAAACAAUGUGUCGUUGCAAUACAAGGCUGCACCAUGCUGUAUGUCAGACGUCUGACUGGCACCCGAGGGGAGAAAAGUGAGAGCCCAGAGUUCAGAACCAUGGAGGCUCGCUUUGGGAAUAUUGUGUUCAGCUCCAAGUUUGACUCCGGGAACCUGGCACGUGUGGAGAAGGUGGAGAAGGGCAGCCAUAGCCCUCCUACUAAUGCAGCUCCCAGUGGGAGUGCCCUCUCAGGGUCAAACCUUACCCCUGACUAUGAGUUCAAUGUAUGGACGCAGCCAGACUGCAGUGGCACCGAACAUGAGAAUGGAAACAGAUCGUGGUUUCACUUCAGUGUACGGGGUGCUGCAUCUGGAAAGAUACUGAAGAUCAAUGUGAUGAACAUGAACAACCAGAGGAAGCUCUACAGCCAGGGUAUGGCUCCUCUCGUACGCACUUUACCUGGCAAGAACCGGUGGGAAAGGAUCCGGGACAGACCCACAGCUGAGAUUGUGGAUAACCAGUUCAUCCUCUCAUUCUCUCACCGGCUGUUGGAGGUGCGAGGGGCGACCACCUACUUCUCUUUCUGCUUCCCCUUCUCUUAUAGUGAGUGCCAGGAGAUGAUGCAGCAGUUUGACAAGAGCUACCCUAAUGCUGCUCAACUCAUUCCGAGCAGUGCCCCGGACAGUGUGUAUUAUCAUAGGGAGUUGUUGUGCCACUCUCUAGAUGGUAAUAGGGUGGACCUGAUCACUGUGACCAACUGCAACGGGAUGCAAGAGGAGAGAGAACCCCGUCUGCCGAAGCUGUUUCCCGACAUCAACACGCCAAGACCACACCGCUUCUCCAGCAAAAGGGUGUUUUUUCUUAGCAGUCGAGUGCACCCCGGGGAGACUCCCUCAUCCUUUGUGUUCAACGGUUUCCUCAACUUCAUCCUAAGAAGAGAUGACCCUCGUGCUCAUGCGCUUCGGAACAUGUUUCUUUUCAAGCUCAUUCCCAUGCUCAACCCAGACGGGGUUGUCCGUGGGCACUACAGGACUGAUUCCAGGGGUGUGAACUUGAACAGACAAUACUUAAACCCCAGCCCUGAGCUGCACCCUUCCAUCUAUGCAGCCAAAACACUUUUGCUCUACCACCACACACACAACCGCCUGCACAAUACACAGUCCAGCAGUCACUGUAACAGCCCCACACACAUGCAGACCCCGCCCCUUAGCAUCAAACCUGACAAUCAACAUCAAUCUCCUCCCUUCACCUCCCUUGAAGUCAGCUUGAACCAACGAAAUGCAGACAAUGACACAAGUCCUGCGCUCACAGAAGUUCUGAUGGUGACGGAGGAAAACGCCUGGGUCACCACAGAGAUGGGGAAGGGGGACCACAACAGCUCAUCAAGCUCCUCGGAGACUGUAGCUCCUGUUACUGUAGAGGUAACCGUACCAGAGGUGGAGGAACAAGAAUCAAUUCCACCACAGGAGGGGGGAGUGGCAUACUAUGUGGACUUACAUGGCCACGCCUCUAAACGGGGGUGCUUCAUGUAUGGAAAUAACCUUCCUGAGGAGAGCCAGCAGGUAGAGAACAUGCUGUAUCCAAGGCUGAUCGCUGUGAACUCUGCCCACUUUGAUUUCCUGGGCUGUAACUUCUCAGAGAAAAACAUGUACGCACGAGACAAGAGGGAUGGCCAGUCUAAAGAAGGCAGCGGGCGGGUGGCCAUUCACAAGGCCACAGGGCUGCUUCACAGCUAUACUUUGGAGUGCAACUACAACACAGGAAAAACCAUGAACACCAUCCCACCUGCUUGCCAUGACAAUGGACGGGCAACCCCACCCCCACCCUCAUCAUUCCCUCCAAAAUACACUCCAGAAAUAUUUGAACAGGUGGGCCGUGCCGUGGCUAUCUCUGCCCUGGACAUGGCAGAGUGUAACCCCUGGCCACGGCUGGUGCUGUCUGAGCACAACUGCCUGAUGAACCUCCGAGCUUGGAUCCUCAAACACGUCCGCAACACCAAAGGCCUGAACACACACAUCCACGCUCAUCCUCCACCAAGAACACACCACAAUGGCAGCAAGGCGUCACCGCCAAAGAGCUUCAACAGCUGUUUGUCUGGCUCAGCGUCGGAGAACACACUCAAUCGCAUUCGCUGCAACAGUCACAGUAGCAGCAGCCAGACGCUGUCCCCGAAGAUGCACAGCUCCCCGAGCUUUACUUUUGGCUGCCCCCCAUCCCGAACUUACACACAGUACAACGGCACACACACCAGCGGACGUGGAGUCAACAAGACACUCGGCCCAGUCAGGGACCCUAAGCCUCAGGAGAGGAGACGUCCACCCCACCACCGCUCCAUUCUACGGCCUCCCAGCAACAGCCACACACCCUCCCACCCCCCACUCUCACCCCCUUCCUCCUCCUCCUCCUCCUCGUCUUCCUCUGUGUGUGCAGCGGCCUCCGUCAGUAUGACAGGCCUCAGCUGCCCAGACUUUCAGGCUGGAGGACCCACUUCAGCGGGUUGGUCCAGAAUGCCUUUCCCCAUGCGGCGUGUGGGGAGAGGGUGCCGGACUCUUACAGUCACUCAUCACCCCGCAGAGGACCGCACAGAGACCGCUAAAGACUUGGGGCCUGAACAUAUCCUUUCCUCCAUCAAAUUUAGCAAGUAUGAGCUGCAACCUCACAUGAGCCGCAUCCCCAUCCGGAGAGCGGGGUCGACUGAAAGCCAUCCUGCACAUGGCAGUAAAAUCUCCCCUACCAGCAUUAACCCAGUCUCAUCUGGAGAGGAGGAGGAGUCUGCCACCAUGAAGGUCUGGAAGCUGCUUAGACCUGGCCUCCAUCGACACUUGUCACUGUCAGGUGUAUCUGGGAAAGAGGGUGCCAUGCCGCUGGCCUCUAAAGCACUAAUGAAGAAAAGCCCAGACAGCAGUCUCCACUACAGAGGAAAUACUAUUAUAGAAACGGCACACGAGGAUGAAGCGGUGGAACAGGGUGAGGAAGCUCCAGCGAUGCCUCUGCCUGAGACUGUGAACAUGUGUGAGGCAGUGGCCCUGUAUGGAGAAGCCUAGCAGCUGCACAGAAGAGGAGCCACUUGUGUGUAUGUCUGUAUUUCCUUGUGAGCCUAAAUUAGGAUAUUGUGACCAAAACCAUUUCAACCAGGAAACAGGAGGGGGCAUUGUCAUCACAGCAGGGUUACUUGGGGCAUCUUAAUAUGCAAUACAGCAGGUUUAACAGUAUUUAUUCAGAUUCCAGAACAUGCAUGAUGUUUCCACCCAUGCUGUUCAACAUAGUCCGACUGUGGAGCUGUACAACCACUGAGCAGCUUCACUGGAGCAGCUAAAGGUUUAGUGCCUUGCUCAAUGAAACCACAGCUGUGGUUGAGGUAGAGGAGAAGUACACACCUUCCCCAUCCAAGUUUUCCAACUGAUCAUGAAUCCAUACACUUGAAAUAUUCUGUAUCCUUUCAGCUACCAUCAUUGUACUUCACAUAUUGUUCUUUGUAGUUUUAGUCCUUGCCUCCUGAUGUCCCCUGAUGUGUAACUGCACUCUGACCAACACUGUCAUGCACUGGCAAGUAUUUUUACAGUCACCCACUUGUACUAUUACAGCAAAGGGUUGAUUUUUAUUCAGACUGAUAAGCACGGCAGCACCUUCAUAACCUCCUUGUUUCAGUUGUGACUUUAGAAACAAAUGUGAGUGAAGUGUGUAUUUAAUGUCAUUAUUCCAGAAGGUUGUGGUGUUUUGCAUAUUUUGCCUAUAAAAGGUUUGCACUCCUGACAUUUUCAUGGUUUGUUUUACACAAAUUUAAGUAUGUUUUACUCCAGCAAAGAAACCGUAAAAUAGUGGUGUGUAAUGAGUGCAAAUAUGAAACAAUAAGUAGCUACACACGUCCUAUUGAAUCGAGACCACUGGUGUGUGACAAGAAAUAUGAUAAAUGCUUCUGAAAGGUCCAGCUACUAGUCUGAAAGUACAGUAACAGCACGGUUAGGUUACUGAAAAAGAACCAACCACAACUAACAAUACAAAACCAAGGCUAUGAAUAUUGCUUAAUAACAUAAAGAAAAUAAAACAUGCUGUAUAUCUGCCUGCAGCAGCUCAGCCUUAAGUGGGAAUGUCUGUGAAAAAAUCCCAAGAGAGAGGACACCAAAGCCCACGAGGCCUGGCAGUGGCUGCAUCUCCUGCAGUCUACCAGAGGACUUGUGGGGUCCUUGAGAUAUCAGUCCUGGUUGAUUUAGUUCCUAUUUGAGUGAAAAUAUAUACAUAUACAUACACACACACAUAUAUAC